AUGCUACAUUUUAUUUUGAUUAGUGAGCAAACUCCUCCGGGCAUUCUGGCGCUUGUGCUAACACGGUGGUUCCUUUUGUACAUCAAAGCCUCAUAUCUGCGCCAGCUUUAUCGGAACGCGGAGAUCAUGCUCACGCAGCUUUCCGAGUUUGAAGUCCAAGCUGCGGGCUGUCACUGCUGCAAUGACGCAGAGGCUUGUAAUGCUAAGGUCUGUGAUCGUGAGAUCAUCACUCGGUGCCUUCGAACGUGGUAUGGGUCGGUCGAAGCCUUUGAGGUGACUGUAAGGACGCGUAUCCGGAGCGUGCUCCCUCGCCAGUUGGGUGGAUUGUUGUUUCCUUAUGGCUGGCAAGUCAUCAGUGCCUUGCCUCUGUUCUGGGGUUUUGCAGAUCUCAUAGCGGCCCGCGCGCGUGACGGAAACUGGAAGGUGGCUGCAAUCAUGUUGGUCGGAGCCGUUACUUGGUGCUUCUUUCUGUUUCCGUUCUUCUUUCAGGCGACGUUGCUGUUGGCAAAUCAUUGUCGCCAGCAGCAGAGCCGCAUCUGGCAGGACAGGCUCAAAAGCCUUGCGGUGGCAUUUGUGCCGACAAUGCUGUCCUUUCUUGGCCAGUGGACAGCGAGUCUCAUGGCUGAUGUUGUUGCUGUGGUCGUUUGGAUGGGUGGCUCAGUGAUUCUGGCCGGGUCUUCAUGGUUAGCUCUUCGGUAUCAG